AUGAGUGACUUCAAAGCCACUCGGGGCAAAGGCUCCAAGGGGAAACCUACUCAAGCGGUAGUAGAAUCUCCCUCUUCGCCUAUUGAAUCGUCGCCGCUAUCAACACCGAUUUCUGAUGAAGGUCUUGACGCGAUCGAGGCUUCUCAAAUAGUCGGCGCUCAUACUCUCGCUCGUGAAGAUGUGCGCGGAGUUUUGAAUGGUGGUACCAGCGGCCUUGCUGGAAGUCACGCAGUUCAUGCCGACGAGGAAUCUUCGGGCGAUGACUUCGAGCCCUCAUUUGCAUGCCCAGAUUGCGACAAGACAUAUACGAGUGCGAGAUCUUUGAAAUCGCACACAUCCACUGACGGCGGCGUAGCGCCAUGUCACCGACAAGAAGACGGUCUGUUACAAAGAUCGUGA